GCUCAGGGGCGGAGUCUACGCGGAGCUGCUGCCUGCUGGUGUCACGGUUGCUGUUGGGAGCUGACCUCUCCGGCUCAUGGGGGAGACGGUGAGAACGCCAACAACAUGUCCGCCUCGCUUGUGAGGGCGACCAUUAAGGCGGUCAGUAAAAGGAAGCUGCAGGCCACCCGGGCGGCUCUUACCUUGACACCAUCUGCUGUGAAUAAAGUAAAGCAGCUGCUAAAAGACAAGCCUGACCAUGUUGGUCUUAAAGUAGCUGUUCGUACAAGAGGCUGCAAUGGCUUGUCUUAUUACCUAGAAUAUGCAAAGUCAAAGGGGGUGUCAGACGAGGAAGUCGUUCAAGAUGGAGUGAAAGUGUUCAUAGAGAAGAAGGCUCAGCUAACUCUUUUAGGAACAGAAAUGGACUAUGUAGAAGACAAACUUUCCAGUGAGUUUGUAUUUAAUAACCCAAACAUUAAGGGAACGUGUGGAUGCGGAGAAAGCUUCAACAUCUAAUGCAAAGGCACUCAAGUCAAGGUCUCAGAAAAUGCUUUGCAUCAUCGAGCAUUGUACAGCACUUUGCUUUAGCUCAGUCUUUCAUUUGACCCAAUAAAAUUUUGAAUUGUUUUGUGAACUUAAAACCCAUUUAUAUGACAGAUCAUUUGUUACUCGCUGCCUUUUAUUUCCCCUUCCUUUUGCGCUGGCUGUAUUUUUGAAGCAAUUAUCUCUGGUUAAAUGAUUUAGUGCCUCUUUACAAAAAAAAAAAAAAAAUAGAUAAAACUAUACUGAAUAAACAUACACAUGAGCAGUUCCAGGUCACGUUUCUUAGCAAUGGUGUAUUCUCGUGCUGUAUCACCAGGUGGCGCCAACAAACAUUUUGCUUUUGUUUUAGCUGACCAUGGACCCAAACUGUCUUAUGUGGGCCCUCCUGCCUAUCCCCUGACAGAUGUUGAUCCUUUAAUUCUCUGGGUGCCUGGCAGCAACUUAUUCCUGUCUCUCCCCAUUGACAAGACGUGUAUUCUUGGCCGAGCCAAGUGUGCAUGUGUAUGGAGAAGUCAGGAGGUAUAUGGGUGCUGUAAUGUACUGCUGAAGAUUAUCUAACUUAUAGAAUGUACAUGAGAUCUUAGGUUUUCUGGUGAUGGCUGAUAUGUUGUGUCCCAUAGUACAUCCUGGGAUAUAAGCUUUUUCCUGCCAUAUUGUAUCUUUUACAGGCAAAUGCGUUGAGCAAAAUCUACAUAUAGACUUAUAUGGUGCCGUUUGUAUGCAGAUAACUAUUUCAUACCCUGUAUAUCUAGCAUACUUCAGUAUUGCCUUUAACUUUCUUUCCAUUAGGUUGUAGUCUAGGGGCUUAACAAGAGCUCCCUUUUCCUUCACCAUGCCACUUUCUAAAGCACUCUCCAUGUCACUAGGUUCCUCGAGCAGAAAUGUCAUGUUUUUUUUUGUUGUUUUCAUUUUUUUUUUUUUUACACAAAUAUCCAUAGAGUGACUGCAUAGAUCAUGCACGUCGUGCUUGUGGCUCACCAGCUGUUCAAAACUACAACUUUCAUCAUGUUCGGACGUCCUACACCUAUCAGGGCAUGCUGGGAGUAGUGGAGUAGUAGUUUUGCAACAGCUGGGGGGGCCAUGAGUUUGGCAUCCCUGGUCCAGAGGUGUAUAGAUUUCCAUGCACCCUGUGUCCGUACCGUCACUGUAUGGAAGAUCUCUGCUCAGGGACAGAUUGCAUUACUAAGCAUAUGCACUCUUCAUGGUGAUGUUACUUACUCCCCUGUGAAAUGUGCUGCUGCAGUUUGGCUUUGUACUGAAUUCGCUAUCAAAACACAUCAUCUUUGAUACAAGUAGUGCACAGUCUUAAUCUACCUGCUCUUCUGUAUUUGUCCCAUUAUUUAUCAAGGGGGUAUGUUAAAAUAUGCUUAGUGUGUGUAUUAUAUAAUGGCACUGAUGUUCAAGGACUUCUGAAACGCACAAGUAGAUUCUGUAACUUGGACAGUGAUUUUUGAUGUGGAACACUUUACGGCCUGGAAAAGUCAGUGUCUUGUCUUAUGUAUGUUUUGGUUUGAAAAAUAAAUCAUUUGAUGAUCAA